CUUCCAGCAUGGCUGCGAAAAGCAAGCGGCGGCCCAAGAAGGCUAAAAAAAUUGAACAAGAUGAAGUAGACACGGUUGAGAACGACAUCGACGAAGCAGGGAAUGAUGAAGGCGAGAAGGGGGAGGAUGGGGAGGAUGAAUUGACCCUGGAUGAUGUGCUGCGUUUGGGAGGCACUAAGGCAGACUAUGUCAUGCUUACUGCAGUUGAUGACAGUACUGAGCUGGUAAAUGGUGGAAAGAAAGGUGCUAUUGAUGAUUUGGAGGACGGUGAGCUAGAAGAGUUCAUCACCAAACUGGGGAUCCGGUCCUACUCGGACCAGCAGGUUAUUGAGGGUGAUGACGAGGAUGAGCCUGAAGGAGAAGAAGGGAAAUGCUCCACACCCAGUGCGGAAAAGAAGAGCAAGAAAAAAGAAGCCUCUAAAGUGGACUCCAGCAAGACACCUGAAACCAAGCAAGAAGCUGAGACGAAGAAGAGCGAGGCCAAAAAAACAAGCAAAAAAGCCAAGCAAAAAGAAGCCGACCUUUUUGAGUUUUACCCCCGGCAGGUGCUGUUGGUCAAACCCGGAGGAAAAUGGUACGAUGUAGACUACACUUCUGAGACUAGCACUUCUCCUCAGGACAAAUCUCUGGUUGCUAAGUACAAGGCUUUGGCUCAGAAGCUGCUGGAGGCGGAAACAAAUCUUUACAGAAACAAGAAAAACCUACAGAAAGGAGCAAACACGGUCUGGAUGAAGAGCGUCGUCUCGACUGGGACUCUGCCGGACCGGAUGGCGGCCAUGACCGUGCUCAUCCAGGACGCUCCUGUGCACAGUCUGGAGCACAUCGAGAACCUGAUCGUUAUGAUGAGGAAGAAAGGAGGUCGUAGGCAAGGCCACAUGGCUGUGGACACACUUAAGGAGCUGCUGUUGUCCGAUCUGCUCCCAGAGAAUCGUAAGCUCCAGACUUUCUCUCAGCGCCCGUUCGACAAGCUGGAGGAGCGCGCGAGUGGAAACCGAGACGUCCGGGACCGGCGCCUUGUCCUCUGGUACUUCGAGCACCUUCUCAAGCUCCAGCUGGCUGAAUUUGUAACAGCUCUUGACGCUUUGGCUCACGAUUCUGUCCUGGCCACCAAAACAAAAGCUUUGACCACGGCUCACGAGCUGCUGUGCAACCAGCCCGAGCAGGAAAGAGCCCUGCUGAUGCAUGUCGUAAACAAACUGGGAGAUCCUGAGUACAAAAUCGCCUCUAAGGCCUCGUAUCUGCUGGAGACGCUACUCCGUAAACACCCCUUGAUGAAAUCGGUGGUGUGCACCGAAGUAGAGCGUCUGAUGUUCAGACCCAACAUAAGCGCCAAGGCUCAGUAUUACGCCGCAUGCUUCCUCAACCAGGUGGUGCUGAGCCACGACGAGACCGAGCUCGCCACCAAACUCAUCACUGUCUACUUCAGCUUCUUCCGUCUCUGCAUUAAGAAGAAGGAGGUGGAGUCUAAGAUGCUGGGCGCUCUGCUGAGCGGUGUGAACAGGGCCUAUCCGUACACCAAGGCCGGAGAUGAGGCGGUCCGGGAGCAGCUGGACACGCUGUUUAAAGUGGUGCACCUGGUAAAGUUCAGCACAGCUGUGCAAGCUCUCAUGCUGCUCUUCCAGGUUAUGGAUUCUCAGCAGAGUGUGUCGGAUCGCUACUACGUCGCUCUUUACAAGAAGCUGUUGGAUCCUGGCCUGUCAGUAAGCUCGAGGCAGAGCAUGUUCCUCAACCUGCUGUACAAGUCUCUGAAAGCCGACAUCGUCCUGCGCCGCGUGAAGGCCUUCGUAAAGAGGCUUCUGCAGGUGAGCUGUGAUCAGAGCCCGACGUUCGCCUGCGGAGCGCUCUUCCUCGUAUCCGAGGUCAUGAAGGCCAAACCUGGCCUUAAGCUCCUCCUACAAGAAGGGGAUGAGGAGGAGGAGAAAUUUCAGGACCUUCGAGAUGAUGAUGAUGAUGAAGAAGAAAGGUUUGUGGAUGCGGAUAAAAUUGAAGAGGGCCAGAGCGUAAAGCCUCAGCAGAACAAACCAGCUGCAUCAUGGGUACAUCACCAAAACUUUGAAGGUCGUAAGGAUAUGCAGAUGUAUGACCCCAUUCACAGAAACCCUUUAUACUGUGGAGCGAAUCACAGCACACUCUGGGAGCUGCAGAAGCUCGCUGAUCAUUUCCACCCCUCUGUUGCUCUGUUUGCAAAAACCAUCUUGCAGGGAGAGCACAUCCAGUACACAGGGGAUCCUCUGCAGGACUUCACGCUCAUCAGGUUCUUGGAUCGGUUUGUAUUCAGAAACCCCAAACAAGUGAAGGGCAAACAAAACACAGACGCGACUGUAAUGCAGCCGAAGCACAAACAAAGCAUGAAUAACAUCCGCUCGUUACCUGUAAACUGUGAGGAGUUUCUGGCCAAAGAGGAAACUCAGAUCCCUGUGGAUGAGGUGUUCUUCUACAGGUUCUUUAAAAAGAGGGAAAGAGAGAAGUCAUUAAAGAAGCCUCGUGGAGAUGACGCGGAGAGCGUGGAGGAUGUGGAUGACGACGAGUUUGAGCAAAUGCUCGACACUUUUGAGGGCGAUAGCUUCUUCACGGAAUUCAAAGAUGAUGACCUGGACUUUGCUGGCAAUGUAAAGAGCAACAGCAAAAAAGGCAAGAAGUCAGAGGAGGUGUCUGAUUCAGACCUGGAUGAUGAGCUGGAUGACGAGGAGCUCUCUCUGGGAAGCAUGGACGAGGAAGACUUCGGAGACGAGCUGGAGGAAGACGGUGGUGCUUUUAUGGACCCGGGCGGAGACGAUAAUGAUGAUGAAGACUUUGAUGAGGACAUGGAUAAGCCACCAGAGGUCAGCACAGGAGGCAAAAAAGGCAAGAGGAAGUCAUCAGAGCAUUUAGAUUUUGCUGGAUCUUUUGGUUCCAAACCAAGCAAGAAGAAAAGGAAAGGAAAGAUGGAUGACACAGGCAUUUUUGCAGCAGCUGAGGAGUUUGGAGAUUUGCUGGAUGAAAAUGCAGACAUCAAGUUUGACACCACUGGCAUGAAUGCAAUGGCUAACAAAGACAAAGCCAGUGUCAAACAGCUGAAAUGGGAGGUGCAGCGUGAUGACUGGAUCCAGGGACGUGACGUUAAGACGCUCAGGAGGAAGAAGGCCAUGUUCAAAAAGAGGAAACCAUUUGAGAAACGCAGACCGGGCAAAAAGACUGCAGGCAGGAAGAAGUGAUGAUUCUUGUCAUCUUUUUGUCUCUGUCCGUCUAUUCCUGCCUAGUAGACCACACGUCCCGAUCGGCUUCCCGGAUGCCGUAGUUUCCGGCCCAUUCGUUGGACUUGUAAUAAACUGAGAGAGAGAGAGAUUCGGUUUGUAGUCAUUAAUUGCCAUGUGUUGGUGGCAAAUAUUUCUGGUGUACAUGUAACAAAAAACAAAACAAAAAAAAAAAGCAUUUUGUAAUAAAUGUAAUUUUACCAUU